CCACUUGAGGGAAAAGCGCCUUUUCCAUCGUCGGGAUACCAGACUAACCUUUUACUUUUGCUCUUCGGGAUCCGGCGGCUGAUUCGAGAAGUGCGCUCACAUGCCGGGCAAUAUUCGGCAGGUCGGUUAUUCUUGAUAAUUUUAUUGUACGAUCAACUCGGUUCGCGCGCCCGCGGUGUUGCUUUAUGUACCCAUCUUCCGGCUAAUGAUCACCGACCGCCGUGGUCAUUGAUAGGGUUGGCACGGGGGAAAAUUUUCGCCGCCGGUUGAAAGUUUAAUUAUUAUUAUUGUUCGGCCGGCUUGAGUAGUGUGUUUACUUGCUGAUAUAUCGAUGCUUAGGCCUUCCCCGGGAUCGUCACUUAGGAGGCCCCGGGAUUCUCGUCGCUUUUUAAUGCUUUAUGCCAUUCGCGCGCCGCCUGCAUGAGGUGUGAAAAUUUUUGUGAAAAUGCGAGACAAUUUGGUGUUGAUCACUGGUAGCCGUGAAUAAUGUGCCAGCUUCUAAGUUACCUUGUGUUAUAAUUCAUCGACUAUGUAACCUUACCGGAUGGUUUGUUUGGGUGCUUCGUUUCGGUGCCGGAACAAAUUGUGAUCCAAGUUUUCAACCGUGUCUGAGUUAAUCGUUUUGAUAACAGAAAUAUUUGGCGCCACCUUGCAGUGUGAAGUGACAACCAGAGGUGCUCAGAAAAGUGUGUGUGUGCGUCUAGAGUGUGCAGAAUUUGUGACGGGCGGUUGUCGAUUGAUUUAUUCAAGCACCGUAGUAAACCACAGAACAAGGAAAUUUUUACAGCGGCUAUGCAUCAUCUGGACUUUAGUAGACAUUCCGACGGCGGAUCCGGCAUUGGUGGUGGAUCUGCCGCACUCGGCAUUCACGGCACUGCCAAUAUGGGUAUCACGUCUCCGUACGACGCACUACAUACGGUGGCCACCAGUGUCACUGCUGACAUGGCUGUCGAUUUCCAUCAUCACUACGCCCCAACGGAGUACUGGAGCUCUGCGCCGUACAAAAAUGGUUCCACCCCCAUGAAGGAAAUCGAAGGUGAAUACGCAGACAGAUUGCACCGAUUAGACACGCAGUUUGUGCGAAACCUUGAAGCCUGUCUGCAGAAUGCCAACAAAAGCCAGUAUAAUCCUCUGGAGCAGGUCGAGCAGCUCAGCAUCAAUUGUGAUAGUGAUAGUCUUCAUAGCAACAGUAGUAUUCUAACAAAUACCAACAAUAAUAACUCGUUAAGUAGCAAUAAAAAUCUCAACGGCACCGAGAGCAGCGCUUCGGGGGGUAAAAGUAGCUCCGCUAACGGUGCCGACAGCCCAAACGGUAAUGCUAAUGGAACCGGCAGUAGAACGCUGCCGAAUAGCAGCAGCAAAAAAUCGAACACCGUCGACGAUAAACCUUAUCACCCAUCGCUCGCCAGCGUCAUCGUUAUGCUGGAGGGUAAACAUUUGUGGGAUAAAUUCCACGAACAGGGCACCGAAAUGAUCGUAACCAAGGCCGGCCGGCGGAUGUUCCCCACCUUCCAGGUAAAGGUCGUUGGACUGGAGCUUACCGCGGAGUACCUCAUGAUAAUGGAUUUCGUUCCGCUGGAUGAUAAACGCUAUCGAUAUGCUUUCCACACUUCCAGUUGGGUAGUGGCAGGUAAAGCAGACCCCGUUUCACCGCCCCGGAUAAGCGUUCAUCCCGACUCACCUGCCACCGGUGCCACCUGGAUGAAGCAAACUAUUUCGUUUGACAAGCUAAAACUGACCAACAAUCAGCUAGACGAUAAUGGACAUAUCAUCCUUAACUCGAUGCAUCGGUACCAGCCGCGCCUCCAUGUUUGUCAUUUUUCCCGCACCAACAGCCACGGUUCUGUCAAAGACGAAAAAGACAGGUUGACCCAUCGGACGUUCAUCUUUCCGGAAACAUCGUUCACCGCCGUCACGGCCUACCAGAACCAGCGGGUUACCCAGCUAAAAAUAGUCAGCAAUCCUUUCGCUAAAGGCUUCCGAGAUAACGAAACCAAUGAAGACUCACAGGAAAGGAUUUCAUCCAUGAAUGAUCGCAUGAAAAAUGAACGUGGAAAUACAAAUUAUAAAAAGGAAUCCGACGCAGCAAAUGCUGUCUCGAUGACAACAACAGCGGUAACGCCGAUGACAGGUCCCGCAGUUUCACCUAGUUCGACCGGUAGCAACGGAGGGACACCUACGGCCAACGGGGGUGGAUCCAGUGGCCUUACAAGCGGAUCCACUAUGUUCCAGACCUCCCUGGUUAGUCCGUCAACCGGCUUGUCGCCCUAUGCCAUCAGUCCGCAUAGUAAUCCGACAAUGUUAAGCCAACCGUACGCAACGGAACCGAGCGGAUUCGGUCCUAUCUAUCAUCAUCAUCAUCACCACCAUCACGGUCACGGUCCCUUAUCAACGCACCACGGAACAUACAUGAGUUCGUUCGACAAGUACGAUAAAUACAAAAUGGCUUCAACAACUCCGCCACAUCAUACCAAUCAUCCGGUAGCAGCGACAUCCACCUACAGCAGUCAUUAUCAAGGGUUCUACGGAACUCCCACCAGCACACAUCAUCAGCUAAUGCGACAGAACAACAAUUGUAUAGAUUAUGUGCAAAGAUAAAAAAAAAUUGUAAAUAGUCAAAUAUAUUAUUAGGAAAGUCACGAAUAUAAGCAUGCUCUGUCAAACGAAUUUAAUCGCCACAUAAAAAUCCAAAGAUCCCAGUGCCAUUUAGAUUAGAUUACCGUUUGUAACUUAUUUUAUUAAUUUAUAUUUCACUUCAGAUGCCAA